UCCUGGGUCGGCGUAGCCAUGGCGGCUCGUGUCCUUUCCUCUCGUGUCCGCCGCCUGGCCGUGGCCUUCGCCCCGCUGCCCCGCGUCCCCGCGCUGGCCUCUGCCCGGCCUCUCAGCACCGUCUUGUGUCCUGCUGCGACGCGGACGAGGCUCGGGGCCCCGCAGGCGGCCGCGGUGCUCGUGCAGGUUCCUGGGAGCAUCACGCAGCUGUGCCGCCAGUAUAGCGACGCGCCCCCUUUGACCCUGGAAGGAAUCAAGGACCGUGUUCUUUACGUCUUGAAACUCUAUGACAAGAUUGACCCGGAAAAGCUCUCGGUAAAUUCCCAUUUUAUGAAAGACCUGGGCUUAGACAGUUUGGACCAAGUGGAGAUUAUCAUGGCCAUGGAAGAUGAAUUUGGGUUUGAGAUUCCUGAUAUAGAUGCAGAAAAGUUAAUGUGUCCACAAGAGAUUGUAGAUUACAUUGCCGAUAAGAAGGAUGUUUAUGAAUAAAAUUAGCAGGCGCCUUUUUUCACCAAGGAAGGACUUGGAAGAUUCUGGCAGAGAUCUGCAAGCGAGAAGGCAUUCUAGCAUCUCGCUGGCUUUGACAGAGUGAUUCUGUCGGACUUGUAUUUAAAUUGUUUGUUUUGCCCUUUGAAAAUAAAUCUGUAAAGCCA